CCAAUCAAAGGGGUGGUGAACCAUCCUCACCAAAUUGUCACCCGAUUGGUGCACAUGUGUUGCCCGUGUUGCUUCAGUAUACCUUUUUUUAUAUGAAACAUUACUACUGAAAGCUUGACAGGAAACAACAGUGCUAAAAUGUGCCUGAGAUGAAGCCUAGCUAGCUAUAUCCACAUACUUGAAGGUUAAUAUAGCUGUCACUAGUUGAGUGUGAGCAAACAAACUUAAAUGAAAGAAUUGUCAAAAUUGAUCAAAAUACAUGGACCCGUGCAUUAAGUAUUGUUGCCAUCGGCCAGGUCUUUUUGUAUAUGAAAUGAUACCUUCUCAGUAAGCCGGUUGCAAAACAUGCUCAUUUCUUCUCCAAACUUCUUUUCUUGGGUCUCUUUUUGUUCAUUAUUUCUUGUUUUUCAUUUGAAUAAACCAAUUUCCUUCUCUUGUGGGUCUCUUUUCCUUUUGUUCACUCCAUUAAAAAUUCGUUGGUUUUGGAAUAUUUUCCUUGUUCUUCUCCCUUGUUUCAAGUAUAGACUAAAGACUACUCGUAGUUCACAAGUAAGCUCAUAAUUCAAGUUUUUCUAAGUAAGGAAAUUCCUGCAAGAUAUGAAGUCACAUUGAAGUCUCCUCAUCCUACCAGACUAAGAGUUUUUAUCUCGUCGAUUUUGAAGAAACUUUCUUCUAUCGAAACAAUUCCAUGGCAACAGUUACUAUAACACCAGCUUGCAAAGCAACAUUAUCCUUCCAAAACAGUAAUUCGGAACACCGUGAUCCGUCAUUCUCUUCUUAUCUUAGGAGGAAGCUUUUGUACUAAAACUUUCUGAGGCAAGCUAUAAACCAGCUAGCAGCACCAUUAGUAUUUCUCAAGAGUCUAUGUAUCAAGUAAAUGCAGGCAGGAAGAAGAGUGAAGAUGGUGAAAUUGGGAUUUUUGGUGCUGAAAAAUAUUUCAAUGGAGCAAUGGACGUGUAUAAGACUAGAACCAAAGAGUAUGGUGGAAGGAAAAAUCAUAAUAACAAAGGAGAGACAAUGAAUUUACGCCGAGCGCCCAAGUCCAGGUAUGGAACUCCUUGUACAUGUUCAGAAUUGAGUUCAAACAGCCAAAACGCAUUAUUAGCAACUCCAAGUCGUCUAUAUAGAUCGAACACGACCAACAGCAAGAACAUUUUUGCGGUAUUUGGUUGCAAAUGCUAUUGUUCUGAUAAGAAAUCUGUUGAUGUUGAUGAAUGCAUUGGAGAAAGCUUCUUUGAAAACACACCUGCUAAAGUCAACAGCAAAGCUUUUAGAGAACUACCAACGAAAGUUCAGCAGCUACCAAUUGGUUUUGCUCAAAGAAUACAAACUUCGCCAGAGUGGUUUAAGGAAGAACUUCCCUCUCAGAAGUUCGAUAAGCUGGGUCUUCAGUUUAACAAACAAAACUUUCUGCCUCUACUAAAUCUAAAUGCCGGAUUGAAGAAUGUCGUAAAAGAACAUGACAAAGAAGAGAAUGAACCACGAAAAUCUUUGGAUGCGUUCAGGUCUCCUAUCUUCAACAAGGAAGCAAACUCGUUGAACCUUCAAAGUAAGUUAACUUUGUUGAAUUGGGGUGACAGUAGUCCAAGAGCAGAGAGAAUUCCAGCAUUAUUGACAAGCAUCGAAAUGGAUGACGACACUGCCAGUGAUACAAGUUCUGACCUAUUCGAGAUCAAGAGCUUAUCAGCGCACGGUAACCACUCAUUUUUUACGUCUAGUCAAGAAUCAGAGGAUCAAUCAACUUGUAUGUCUCCAACUACAUGUUAUGAACCUAGCGAAGGGAGUGUUAAAUGGAGUGUUGCCACUGCGAGUGCUGCAGAUCUCUCAGUAGCUUCGCAUUCUGGUGAGCAAAUACCAGUAACUGAAACCAAAACCCCGAGAUCAUUAACCAAGAAUGCAGCACGCAAGGAGAUGCAAAAAAGUCGACCUAGUUCGCUGAUAGGAUGCAAGAGUAACAAAGCUGUGAAGGUGGUGACAGAUGCACAUCGCAUUCCUGAUAGACUGAACUCUGAGAAACAAAUGCAACAUACGACAGACACCUUCAAGCUGAGACUUCUAAGGUGAAGGAAUCUGAGUCUAUAAGCCAGCAACAUUCUACUAUGCCUCGAUCUGCGCGCGUUUCACAUUCUCUGUACAUGAACUAGGCACCGCCAUAAUCAGAUUCAGGAGUUCAAUGUCAAUUUACUGUAUGUCUAAAUGGUGAACACCAUUCCUACCCUCUAGUUAAUUGUCUGUACCUUUUUUUUCUGUUGUAUUUUGAUACAUGAUAUCUUGAUUUUUCUCGAGAAAAGUCGGCACUUGGCAGUA